ACUCGAUUUACUGUACUUCCAAUAUACACUAUACACAUAGUUACCCGUCCUCUUGCAACAAUGGCACCAACACAGACGCGUCGUCUUAUUCUCGCUAACCCACCGGAGGCCUCUCCUGUCUUGUCAGGAGAUGACGCCACCUUCAAGAUGGAGACUGUUGAUCUGCCAGAGAUCGCUCAGGGCCAAGUCCUCAUCAAGACACAAUACCUUUCCAAUGACCCAGCACAACGCGGAUGGAUUCAGGCCGGCGUAGACCCCGAGCGCAUGUACACACGACCCGUCUUCAAGGGCGAACCCAUGGUCACAUUCGCCGUCAGCGAGGUCAUUGAAUCCAAGUCGGAGAAACUCAAGGCUGGACAGCUGGUCUCUGCCCGCACCACAUGGUCAGAAUACGAUGUUGUGGAUGCUUCGACAUGCAAUCCCGUUCAAAUUGACGAGAAGGCUGGCAUCAAGCCUACGCACUUUGUCGGUGCCCUCGGUGGUACCGGAUUGACCGCAUACUACGGUCUUGUUGAUGUUGUGGGCUUCAAGGCUGGGGAGACGCUCGUUGUCAGUGGUGCUGCUGGCGCGACCGGCAGCAUGGUUGUGCAAAUCGCGAAGCACAUUGUUGGAGCGAAGCGUGUUAUUGGCAUUGCAGGCGGCGAGAAGAAGUGCAAAUGGGUUGAAAGCAUUGGAGCCGACGUCUGCAUCGACUACAAAUCCGCUGACUGGAAACAGCAACUGAUCAAAGCCACCGAAGGUUUCGUGGACGUCUACUUCGACAACGUCGCCGGCCCGAUUCUUGACGUCAUGCUCACCCGUGUCAAGCGAUUUGGACGCAUAGCAGCCUGUGGAGGAGUGAGCGGAUACAACGGACAAGGUCAAAGCAUUACCAACUGGAUGGAGAUCAUCAAGAACCGCAUCAACGUCAAGGGAUUCAUCGUCACAGACGCCAUCAUGGCCGGAAAAGCUGGAGAGUUUCUAGGAAAGCUCGUGGGUGGUAUCAAGGAAGGAAAGAUUCAGAUCGGCGAGGAAAGUGAGACGAUUGUGCCUACGAAAUUUGAAGAUAUCCCUACGACGUGGUGUAAACUGUUCGACGGUUCAAACCAAGGCAAGCUCGUCACUCAACUUAUCUAA